AUGGCUAAAAGGAGACAAAAGACUAGAACCCAUGUUAAACCCGAUGCUGAGGAGCAAAAGAAGGUCCCAAAGUCAAUGGUGAUCCGCGUGGGACAGACCUCGAUGGCAAACCACUCGCUCAACCAGUUGGUGAAAGACUUCAGGCAGAUCAUGCAACCACACACCGCGAUCAAGCUAAAGGAGCGAAAGUCCAACAAACUUAAGGACUUCGUGGUCAUGUGUGGGCCGCUGGGCGUGUCGCACCUUUUCAUUUUCACGCAGUCAGAGAAGACAGGCAAUGUGUCGCUAAAGGUGGCCAGGACGCCACAUGGCCCCACUGUCACGUAUCAGGUCAUGGAUUAUUCGCUAGGAAAAGACAUCAAGCGCUUCAUGAAGCGCCCUAAGGCCUUGGGCAAAGAGGACAGUCUAAGUCCACCACUGUUGGUACUUAAUGGAUUUGGUAUUAAGCCUGUCGAGGGCGAUAGUGAGUCAGUGGAAAAAGCCAACGUUGAGAAGGUUGUGAUCUCGAUGUUCCAGAAUAUUUUCCCUCCUCUGAACCCUGGCAAAACGCAACUGAACUCUAUAAAACGUGUUUUCAUGAUAAACAAAGAUCCAGAGACCGGCGAGAUUAGUAUGAGACAUUAUGCGAUCGACAUUCGUGAAGUUGAUAUUUCCAGGAACUUGAAGCGCCUCUAUAAAUCGAAGAGCAAGCUUAACAAGGCGGUUCCUAACCUUCACAAGAAAGACGACAUCGCUUCUUUGAUCUUAGAUCACGAUGUCGGGGCCUACACCUCAGAGAGUGAAGUGGAGGAUGACUCGAUCGUGAAGGUAAUGGAGAAAAACGGCAAGAGUUUGAAAAACGCCAAGUCGGAAGCUUCAAACAAUGCGCAGGGCUCCCACCAAGAUGCUGCUGAGGCAUCAGCGCCCCGUAAAAAGGCCAUUAAGUUGACGGAAGUUGGCCCUAGACUAACGUUGAAACUCGUUAAAAUCGAAGAAGGCAUUUGUUCCGGAAAAGUAUUGCACCACAGCUAUGUUAAGAAGACUAGUGCGGAGAUACGGGCUUUGGAAAAGAAGCAUGCUCAGCGCAUGAAGCUAAAGGAGGAAAGAAGAAAGGAACAAGAAGCCAACCUUGCCAGGAAGAAAGAAGCUAAAGACGCUAAGAAGCAGCGCAAGCUUGAGAGGAGAAAACAAAGAGAACAAGCUGGCGAGCCGGCCGAAGGCCAAGGCUCAGACGCAGACGCAGAUUCUUCAGACUCCUCCAGCAGCGAUGAGGGCGCAUACAGCGACGUUCCAGAAGAUCUGGAUAGCGAUUUGUACAGCGACAUCGAAUAA